AUGGACCGAUUCGAGAAGCUGGCCGUCUUGUCUGGGCAAGCGGUGAAGCCAUCAACGCCGCAGUCUCAGGAGCGACGAUACCAGCAGUCAGACUCGGGGUCGGAUGAGUAUAUCACCAGCGGACGGGGUAUGAGUAGUGGCGCUACCGCUGCCGCCACCAAAUCUGUUGGCCUUACUGAGGAGCUGGGGUCGAGUGUAAGUCAGCCGUCAAAGGAGCUGAUCCAGUAUGACCUUGAGCCGGGAGAGCUGGCGCCGGAAGGAGAGAGCUUCGUUCCUUGGGCGGCGUUGAAAAAGUACCCUUAUUUGUACAUUGGGGUGGCGAAUAAGCAAAAGGUAUGCGAAGGCUUCUUCGAUGGUGGCAAGAUCAUGGAUGAGCCUUGGGACUUCUUCUACAUAUACCGCGGACCAACAGAUCUGAAUCUCCAACCCAUCCUCCUUAUCCCAACUAGACAAGUUACAGCAUUCUUAGACCGCAUUAACAACGCCCUCUCCAUAAAUCUAAGUGUCCCUUCCGGCGGCGCAAACGGCUCUUUCCAAGCCACAUUCGCCAACGACGGUAACCCCCAGCCGCGCUACCUCGGCUUCUCCAUCAACAGUAAGAUGGCCGAGAGUCUCAGAAACAACGUCCCACCUCACUACUAUAAGCUGGAUGGUGAGCCCGGCGCCAUCGGAUCACCGUCCGACCGCUCGCUCGCCGCCUUCCGCGUCAAGAUCGAGCUGAUGACCCAAGCUGCCAAGGGGAAGAAGACCGCCAACAAGGAGAAGCAAAAGCGAGAGCGGAUCGAGAAGCAGCAAGCUUGGCACCACACCAUCAAGCGAGUCCAGCGGUACCUGGGCCUGAGAGAAGCCAACUCGGUCCGCGAGGCCAAGAUCAAAGCUAACACGCAAGUUUCUGGUCAGGGAUGGGAUGCGUUCGACGACGCUGUCAAAGCUGCUCUGGCGAAGCUUCCCCCUUCCGCGGUCUUUGAUGCUGGAAAGCCUGCGCUGUACCAGCGGGAGGGAUCUGUGGUCUUUGUGUGCGUGGAUGUUGAAGCUUAUGAACGCAAUGCGAGACAGGUGACGGAGAUUGGUGUUGCGACACUGGAUACGAGUGAUCUCGCCUCUUUGCCUCCGGGUGAGGGAGGAGCGGAUUGGAUGAAGAAGAUUCGUGCUCGGCACUUCAGGAUCAGCGAGCAUGCGCAUCUCAACAAUUUCGAGUUUGUCCACGGAUGCGCUGACAAGUUCGAGUUUGGUACCAGCGAAUUCGUCAGUCUCAAGGAUGCGCCACAAUUGAUUGCAUCCUGCUUCAAGCAUCCUUUCUCGGGUCCCGAAGUUGCGGACGUCAAUGAAGAUCAUCCCAAGCGUAGCAUAAUCCUCGUUGGUCACGAUGUGGGCGCUGAUAUCAACUUCAUGCAGUCCAUCGGCUAUGAUGUUACGAACCUGCCAAACUUAUUGGAGCAGGCAGAUACCGCAGUCAUGUGGAGAUAUCUCAAGCGAGAGCUGAAUCCACGCAACCUAGCCAGUAUCCUCGCAGAGCUAGGCAUUAUCGGAUGGAAUCUGCAUAACGCGGGGAAUGAUGCUGCGUAUACGUUGCAGGCCAUGAUUGGUAUUGCAGUCAAGCAUAUCGACGACAAGCAGAAGAAGCGAGAAGUCAAGGAAAAGGAGAAGAGAGACCGGAUCACGGAGAGGUCCGUAAAGGAAGCUACAGAAGCCGCAGUCGAGAAAGAAGAAGGCUGGAGUUCCGGAGGAGAAAAUAGCGAUGGCGGUGCCCCCAUUCCUAUCGCUUCCCAGCCUAAGGUUAAGAAAUCGCAAUCCGAGCGCCGAAAUCAAAACGCAGGACCGUGGACGACAGCACCACCCUCUGCCCUCAGUACCACUACCAACAACAGCAGCUGGACGAGCGUCAGCCAGCGCGGACCUUGGGUACCGAGUACAACCAGCCAGUGGCGACAGGGUACGGCAAGAAAUGGUAGAGCAGGAGGACAGUGGCGUUCGGGCUCUGCACCAAGUCCUGCGCCGGCACUUACGGCCACCUCACCAGUGGUUGCAAAGCAGACGGAGAGACUUGGGGCGUUGAUGAAGAAUACCUCCAUCUCGAAGGAGCCGGUCGGUACUGCGGGUAACUUGGAUACUUCCCGUGUAGGUACAAUGGACUGCACCGAAGCCCAAGAGCCCGCGCUGAUCACCCCAGUGGACCGUCCUUAA